AUGAAACAAAUGAUGACAAUAAGUGAUUAUUUGAAUGUAUUAGAGAUAGCAUCAGAUGAAGACCUUUUGUUAGAGCUCGUGGAGAGACAGAAGAGACUGAAGAUAUUGUUAUCUUUAAUAAAACACUAUUUUCUAAAUGCUAUUUAAAUAUUUUAUUUAAUUGUAAUGAAAACCACACAAAGAUUAGUAACUAUUAAAGAAAACACACAAAUGUUAGACUUAUAUAAUGAAAUGAGUUUUGUUAACAAAAGUAUUAAAAUGUUAAUUAAAUGCCAAAAAACAAAGUGUUAAAUGAAGUCGUGUUAUUAGUAGAAAUAGUAGAUUGGAUUAUAAGGGC